AUGGGCCGUUUUUCCUCCAUGAUAGAUGGAUUAUCAAGAACGUUUUCGACUUCCAAGAGAGGGACGAGUUCUACGGAAUGUAAUGGCAAAGAAGCUGCAGAAGCCAUGGCAAAAGAUGCAAAGAAGAAUGAGAUGAUCUUAAGAUCCUCCGGCACUGUCAACGUGAAAGGAUCUGAUAAUUUUGCUUCUGUUUGCUCCAGGAAAGGCGAAAAAGGUGUCAAUCAAGAUUGUUGCAUUGUUUGGGAGGAAUUUGGGUGCCAGGAGGACAUGAUGUUUUGUGGGGUUUUCGAUGGUCAUGGUCCAUGGGGACAUUUCGUUGCAAAGAGAGUUUGUGAGUCGAUGACAUCAUCGUUGCUUUGUAAUUGGCAAGAUAUGUUAGUCGAAAGUUCAGCUGAUGAUGAUCUUGAUUUGGAAUCUGAUAAAAAGCUUGAUAGAUUCCAUAUAUGGCAGCAUUCUAUCACAAAGACUUGUGCCGAUGUUGAUCAUGAUCUACAACAAUACCGCAAAAUUGAUUCAGUUUAUAGUGGAACAACAGCUUUGGUGGCUGUGAGACAGGGUGAUCAUCUCGUCAUAGCGAAUGUUGGAGAUUCUCGUGCAGUGUUAGCCAUGGCUAGUGAUGAUGGUGGCUUGAUACCCGUACAACUUACAGUCGAUUUCAAACCAAAUCUACCCAAGGAGGCCGAACGAAUAGUUGAGUGCAAUGGGCGCGUCUUCUACCUAGAAGACGAGCCCGGUGUGCACCGUGUGUGGCUGCCAAAUGAGGACUCCCCUGGUCUGGCUAUGUCGCGAGCCUUUGGCGAUUACUGUAUUAAAAAUUACGGGCUUAUUUCUGUUCCCGAAGUCAUACAACGAAAUAUAACCAGCCAAGACCAAUUUAUUGUGCUUGCUUCCGAUGGGGUGUGGGAUGUUGUUUCAAAUGAAGAAGCAGUCGAGAUUGUGUCAUCGACAUCAGACAAGGCCAAAUCGGCUAAACGUCUAGUGGAUCAUGCAGUCCGUGAAUGGAAACGCAAAAGAAAAGGGAUCGCAAUUGAUGACAUUUCGGCUAUUUGUGUCUUUUUUCACAAUAAUUGUUCAUCAUCUUCUGUAGUUUCUCCAAAAUAA